AUGAUUUACCGAAUUUUUUCAAUUGUUUUUAUAUUUAUUCAUACUAUUAAUAAUGUUCAAACUGCAUCAAUACCCAAACGUGGUAAUGAAGUAUUGCAAAUAUUAAAAGACAUCAAAGAAAAAGUCAAAGAAGGAACACAAUGUCUUCCACCAUCGAAAUAUUUUGCUGGCUCAUGUUAUACGUACAUGAAAUUGUUAGCAUCAUCAUGGGAAGAAGCGCAUGAUAAUUGUUUAUCAUUACCUAAAGUACUCGAUGCUCGUUUAUUAGUAAUUGAUUCAAUAGCUGAAUAUGAAUUUGUUGAACGUGAUCUGAUUGGAAGAAAAUCAGGGUCUGAUAGUGUUUCAGUUUAUCUUGGAUUACGUAAAAUGAAUGAUACAUGGCUGUGGUCGAAUAAUAUACCAUUGCAAGAAACUUCUCUUAAUCGAUAUUGGGUUGAUAAUAAUGAACAGCUUGCUUAUGAGUGCGGUAUUAUUUGGCUUGCUCGAAAUAUUAGUCUAUUGACAGCAGCUGCAUGUGCUGAACAAGCACUACGGCCAUAUGUUUGCAAACAUACUAUCGAUCGUUGUUAUAAUAAUAGUGGUGGAUGUGGAAAAUAUGGUACAUGUGUUAAUAUACCAUUAAUGAAUUCAUAUAAAUGCCGAUGUCGAUUUUUAUAUUCAGGCGAUCGAUGUGACGGAUGGAGUAGUCAAGGCUUACAAGCGAUUGUUGGUGGCAUAAUCAUUAUAAUUGCAUUUGUUGGUUCGUAUUUUAUUAAUUUGGAUCGAACAGGAGAUCAGUGGUCAUUUCGAAAAUCAACAGUUGAACAUUAUCAGGCUGCUACAAUUUACAGUCAAAGUCGUCCAACAUCUUACAUGCCACGAACACCUAAUGCUAUUGAUCGAAUAAUUCGUAAUCCAUGUCUACCCGAUCAUCCUGAUUUUGUUGAUAUGUCAAUAGAGAAUGAAAAACUUCCUCGACAUUCUUCAUCAUCAACUCCACCACCUUUUCGUCCACCAAUCGAACAGCCUCUUGAACGUAAGCAUCGCUAUUCAUUUCGUCUUAGUGUUCAAGAAUUUGAAAUAUCAUCACAUAUACAAAGCUUAUUCAUUAAACCAAAACGUUUAAUAUUAAUUUCUUUACCAAUUGCAUUAACAAUUGCAAUAGGUCUUACAAUUUUUUAUGUAAGACGUUACGUUAAAAACCACAUUCAUCAUUCAUCGUAUAGUAAUUCAACAGGAUUAUUUCAAUUUUGUACAUUAUAUGAAAAUAAUUAUUAUGUUAAUUUAUUAACAUUACCUAUUGCUGUUGUUAUAAUAAUAAUAAUAAUAUGUAAUCAAACAAGAAUAGCUUAUUAUCGAUUCAAUAGAAAGAGAUCGACUGAAAAAUUUUCAAUUUAUUCUCCAAUACCAUUCAAUCCAUUUUCAAAAGUCAAUCGUUUUGAUACAAUGGUUUUAAGUGGUAUUGUUAGUCAUGAAAUUCUUCAAAUUAUUGAAGAAAUAUUUCUCAAAGCCACACAAAUCAAAAUAUUAACAAUGAGUGGUCCUCUAUUUGAUCUUGUUCGACAAAUAGGCCUUGUUAUUAUUAUUGGCAUGCGUUACUAUCCAGUUUAUACUGUUAUUGAAAUGACAAAUGCAAAUGUUCUUUAUUAUGCAUUAUGUGCUUUAUACAUGUGGACUGAUUUAAUACUUCGAGUAUUUGAACAAUCCUAUUGUGUUGAUAUUGGACCGUUAAUUAGAACAUGGCAUAAAUUACAGCAACUACAAAAUGAAACAGCAUCGAAAUUAGCAACAAGUUCGUUUAUGCAAACAACGAUGACUACGAAUUCGAACUAUGAUCGUUCUCAUUCAUCAAGCCGUUUGCGAACAUUUUCUCAAAAAACUCUAGGUAGUUUAUCUAUAGGAAGACCUAGACCAUUAUCAACAACGAUGCCGUCGACUCUUCAGCCAAAUUUAUUGAAUACAAAUCCUUCUCAUUCAUUAAAUUGGUCAUCAAUAUAUUUGAAUUAUUCUUUCGUUGAUCGCAAUGAAUCUCAAUCAACGUUUGAUCAAUUUAACAUUGACUCAUCCGUAAUUGGCAUACUUAAAUAUGCUCCAUACUAUCUAUGUUUAACAUAUAUAUGUCUUCGUCUCACAUAUUUGAGUAUGUCAAAAUUUUAUAAUUUAUUCUUGCGUUGUAAUAAAGAAACAAAUGGUUCUCAUAAACAAUCAUCGAAACAUAUAUAUCAUGAACCAGAUCUACAUUCUUCUCAAAAAUUAUCAGUCGAAUAUCGAUAUGUUCGACAUUUACUUCAAAAAACUCAACGCACAUUAAUAGAAAAUAAUAAAAAAAUACCAUUUUUUAAAUCAUUGUUUUACAAAAUUUAUCGUCCAAAUAAAUAUUUUAACUAUUCAAAACAAAUAUUGAACAUGUAUAUGAUUGCCUUUAUGUUAACUUAUUAUUUAACAUUUAAUAUUCUACAAGGAGGUUUUUAUAUAAUUGAAAAAAUUUAUAGUAUAUUCUCUAUACCACUCAUCGUUUUAACUGAGAAUAUUGAUAUACCACUACCUAAACCAAUGAAUCUUAAAUAUGAAAUUAUAUUAGCUUGUAUUUUAACAGCCAUUAUUUAUUAUGGACAAUUAUUGUGGGGAAUGAAAAAUUAUCAAAAACAUAUGUUGGAUGUUUACAAAGGAAAUUUUAUUGAUAUUCCUCCAAGAUCAGCAUUUAAAAGUGCUCGACUUAUAUCACAACAUGCACAUUAUCCUGGAUAUUGUCUUGCUUAUCUUGGUUUUGGUUAUAUAACAAUGGGAAAUAUAAUAUUUGUUGCUAUUAUUAUUUUGCGUGUUAUAUGGAAAAAUUUAUUUCUUUUCGAACAAGUUGCUAAAGUCGUUAUACCUAUAUUAGUUAUUUAUUUAUCAAAGUGUAUAUUAAUAUGGUUUCUAUCAAGAACAUUCUUUCUACAGAAACAUGGUCAAACAAUAGCCUUGAAAAAUCUUCGAUCAUUUUUUGUAUUUUCUUACUUCAAUUUUUUCUUCGAUUGUUUUCUUGGUAUUAUUUCAUGUGGCCUUCGUGUAACAAAAGCGACGAUUGCUGCAAUUGUGUUUUUGCCUCGAUUAGAUUAUUGUAUAUUUGGACGUACAUUAGAAAAAUUGGAUACAGGCUUUAUAUCUUAUGUAUCAUUUAUUCAUAUGGAAUGUCUACAUACACAUCCUGUACUUGUUUAUUUCUGUUCAUUAGUUAAUGAUAAAGUUGAUCGACGAAAUGAAUAUUCACGAUCGAAUAAACGCGAAAUACGUCAUACAGAAAUGUUUGCAUAUACACGUCGCCAACGUGCAAUGUUUCGUUGGUAUUUAGCUUAUACAUUGGUACGAAAUACUCACUUGGUACAAUUAAGAAAAUAUCAAGUUCUGAAUUUACAAUUAUCAGCAGCAGAAAGUUUCAAUGAAUUUUUAGAACGAACAGUUUUUAAUCGUUUUCAAUCGUCAACAUUAACAAGAUUUCCAUUCACAAAGAGUCAAGCAACUUUAUCGAGAGGAGGAAUUGUAGAUUCGAAUACGAUUAUUCGAAAUCAAAAAGCAGCAUGUACUAGUUUAUUGCUGGGUAAUGAAGAACACGACGAACGAAAACCAUCAUUUUAG